AUGUUCACCGCAGUCUCCUUCGACAAUGUGCAUGAUUGCGUAUAUUUCACGUUCUCGCGUACGAUAGGUCCCAACUCGCAGUCCAUCGACACACAAGAUGUUCCGCCUGCGCUUGUUCUCGGUUCUCGCAGCAGGUCCGAGGCUGCAACCACGGCGAUUGAGCCAUAUGAUGCAACUCCUACCAAAACCACUGAAGACAACCCUCCGACUCAGUUCGAGGCCUUUGAGUACCAGGACCUGGCUGAUGUCGCCGAGACGGUAAAAGGCGCCUUCGACGACUUGACCGGGGAUAUCCUGACGAAGGUCAAUGCUCUGGUGGCCACUUAUGACGAGAAUAGCGCCAAGCAGAGGCAAGGGCUCGAAGAGUGCAUGGUCGCCUUUAACAAGGCCGUCGAAGGGGACUUGGACACGCGACUGGACACAAUGACUCAGCAAUGCACCGAGCGACACAUCGAAGAGAAAGAAAAGACGGAAGCUGCCCAAGCUGGUCUGGUCGAGCUCGAGGAGCAAACGGUGGCACGUCUCGAAGCGUUGGGGAAAGUUUUGAAGGAUCGACAGGAGACCGUGUUGGUCGCUCUCAAACACGAGCGAGAGGCCAACACGCGCAAGAUCCUAGCGUCGACGCUGGGUGACCCGCUCGAAGAAGGCCGGAAGCUGUUCAACAAGCAAGUGGAGGAGACCGAACUCGAAGGCAAGCUGAAGCAACGCCGGCGCCUGCUAGAUCUCAACUCGCAAGGGGUGUCGGUCCAACAGGAAGAAAUCGAAGCGGCGAUGCUAAAGGCUUCGCGCGACGAGGUUGACAACCUCAUGCAAGUGGUGGACAAGAUGCAGAACCAGCAGACGAAGCUGUUGGUGACGCUGCAGGCUGAGAAGAAAAAUAUCUCCGCCAUGCGUCAACAUGUCAGCAAGCGGUUGGGCGCUUCGGUCGACAACGAGUCAAUCGCCGCAACGCCACCCAGAGAAGGCGGGCCUAGUGGUGGGAUAAAACGCCACGCCUCGAAAAAAGGAAAGACCGCCGCCUUAGCGGUGACAGCGGCGUUCACGAUGAGCAACCCCGGGGAAGGGAUACUAGACGACGGCGACAGUCUCGACGUGAUAUCCCAACUCUCGGGAAUCGAGCUGCUGCACGCUUGCGAGCGGCUGGAGAACCACAACGUGACCCUCCGCCAGCGCCUGGCCAAGCUGGAGCUGCAGACGAUGCAAAAGGAGCACGGUGGCGACGAGGAUGAGCUGAACAAGACCGACUCUCGCCUACCCCGGGUACUCGAGACCAAGAAGGAACUCGAGGGAAAGCUAGAAGGCUUGCAGAUGGCCAAUGAGGAGCGGUCCAAGGAGCUUGAGCGGAUCCGGGGGGGGGGCGAUGUACCAACAACGAAGUCAGCAGGACCCACCACAGCGAUGAGCUCGAUCCCCACAACGACAGAAACACCUGGACCCGUCAAGAGACCGGACGCUAACGGCAACGGUUCAGAUGACUUCAUGGCCACCAUUGAGGCCGAGACAACGACUUUGACACAAAAAGUCAAGACUCUGAGGCGCACACUGGUGUUCAACCUAGCCUGUAAAGUCAUGAGGAGAAGGUUCAAGGACGCCGGGCUGGGUCCUGGCAACGAUCCCAACCCGCCAAAGGGGCCCAUUGUUGUGGACGACUCUCAGCUCGAAGGCGCAGGUGACCGCGGCCUGCCUCCAGAUAUGCAAGUCCACGCUGCGCGCCUGGAGCAGAAGAACGCGGUGCAGCGCGAGAUCGAGCAAACCGAACGGCGAGAACAAGAGCUUCAGCAUGCCAUAGAGAAUACGACGAGCACGAACAGAGAAACCCUCACCGAUGGCGAUAGCACGGGGAAGAGGCUAGCAGGCGAGGUGGCCAGCGGCGGCGAAGAUGUCAUGGAAGGCGGCUUAGGACGGGGUGGUAGUGAUGCAAACAGGGGUGGAGUAGGAGAAGAGAAUGGGCGCCGUCAUACUGGGAAAAGGCCGUCUACACGGGAGGACGAGGGAGUGGGGGACGGGGGUGAGGGGCAACCAAAAUUAAAGAAGUCAAAGGUGCCUUCACGGAUGCCAACGGAGGCAGCGUCGGUGGGUACUACCGCUGCAAACAUGAACGCCAGUGCGAGGAUUAGAACUCUGCAGAGUAUGCAGGCUACCGCGCAGAAGAGGCUGGACAUUCUUCAAUCGCUGGCCGCAAAAAAUGAGGAAGCCGCGAAAGAGAACAGUUUAGAUGCUGUCGACAGCGAAGCCGUUGAAGCGGUUCUGCGGAAUGAGAGCAUCGCGAGGGAGAAAGCCCUGGCUGUCCUCGACCUCCUGUGCUCCCGCGAGAUGGCAAAGGCGCGGGCUCGGUGGCUGAAGCAAGCUCUGGAAAGGAGCAUGAAGGAGAUCUCGGCAAUCAAGCUUAGAAGAGUAGGGGCUCAGAGUGGUGUUGUUUCUCUCAGCGUGAUACCAGACUUAGAACCCCCCCCGCAUGAUGGCUAA